UCCGGUGAACUGCUGGGACUUCGCUACGUGGCCAUGUUGAUGUGGACUGUUUGUCUUUAUCGGAGACAUUACACAAGUGAUUUAUUUACAUUGAAUAAGUACCUAGAGCUACUUGUUUACAAAAUCGAAAGAUACUUGUUAUCUUUGCUGAGACAAAUUAUUACAAGUAUCCGUUUUAAUUUUAGACCGACUGGAAAACUGAGCAACAUGUUUACAAAUUCAAAAGCAAAAUUCGGCUGAUGGUGAAAAUCAGAAAUACUGUAGUAACAUAAAAGGCUGGGGAAAAAAGCCGAGCAGGGCAGCUUCUCUGGAGAUAACCUGAGUUGAUGUUUCAGUUUGAUAACGUUACAUUUUCCAAGUUGUGCGAAGUCAAAAGAAACAGAGCCAGGAGUUGAUUGCAUUAAACACGUCACGGAUGUUUCGUAAUUAGAGAAAUACUGGCAAAAACAGUGUUGCCAUCAGAAUUCAAGAUUGCGUUUCUAUCCAGUGAAGCAUCAUCACUGUGUCACCCACAACAUGGUACAAUUGGUCGUACAGACAAAACAUUUAAACAAGGACAAGCAUCCUAACCAGGCAUAUCCUGCACUUGCUAUAGUCAGAUUUUUACAAAUAUUGGAGAAGAUCCACCCGGUUACUGUGUUAAGAGACGUAAAGUUAAGUGUAUAUUUAUUUGUUUUAGCAGUAGUGAAAUUUAAGAAGUGAGAUUUUUCCAGAUCCAGCUGUUGAAACUUGAAUGAGCCAAGUACAGUCUUGAUAGAUAAAUUUUACGUACUGUUUGGUAUUUGCUUGAAUAGUAAACCUUCUUUAUUUCAUUUUCUGUGUUCCUAUGUUUUAAGUGUGCUAGAAAUUCACGUUGUUUUUUGAUUUAGUUGCGGGCUUUCCAAAGAAAAACAACAUUGACAAAGACCACAUAUUUCAAAACUAGUCACUAUUUGUACCAAAGUAGGACAUUUAUAGAUUGGCAGGCAAUUAAUUACCUCAUAGUUGUGACUGUAGAUUAUAACUGGUCAAAACUGAGCAGAUGCUUCCCAGAUUCACACCUUGGCCCACGUUCUGUUGAUGACAAUGGGGACAUUUAAAAUUAGCUUCAACAGCCUAGGUUGGCAUGGGAAUGAAAUCAAUCUGGCUUUAUAAGCCUGGUUACAAUUUAAUGAUCCCUGCUGAAAAAUUUCUGUUGGUUAGGAGGAAAUUAUGUAUGACUGAGAUACCCCCUCUCCAAUGUUCAAUAGCCUCGCUGUAUGAUAUAAAGGGUCACACAUCAUGGCUGAGCUAUUGGAAAGCCUGCUAGGAAGUCUACUCUAACAAAGACUUCUUUGAAGUGUUGAUGACCUGGGGAAGACCAAAAUGAAACUGCCCUUCUCAACAAUAUCGUAAAUAGGAGCGGCAGUGGAUCACUGGACCCAUCAAACCCUGCUUAUUUACCAUGAUCAUGGAUUCCAUCUCAAUACUACACACCUGCUUUCUUCCCAUGACAUCUUUAGCUUCUAAUAAUCUACCAUUUUUUUCUUAAAUGUAUUCAGAGAUUUCCAUCCACUGUCUUCUGUAAUAGAGAAUUCCACACGUUUACACUCGCUAAUUAAAAAUAUUACUUCAUGUCUCAGUCUGAAAUGGCCUCCUGCAUAACCUGAGACCAUGCAUCCUUGUUCUGGACACCUAGCUGGGGGAAACGUCAGCCCUGUGUCCAGUCUGUCCGGAAUUUUAUACAUUUCAAUGACAGCCCCUCCUUUUCAAUAACCAGUGAAGACAUCUCCACUUCACCCAUUCUCAUCUUAUUUGGCAAACCGACCAUCCCAGGAAUCUGUCUAGAGAACCUAUGUCAGACUUCCCCUAGGGAAAAUAUAGCUGGGCUUUUUUAGAUAACAAUACCAAAAGUGCAAACGGUAGUACAGGUGUGGUCUCACUAAUCCUAGUGUAUAGCUGCAUCAAGACUUCCUUGCUUCUGUACUCAAACUCUCUUGUAAUCAAGGUCAACAUACCAUUUGCCUUCCUAACUGCCUACUGCAUCUACAUGCUUCCAGGGUACAAGGGCAUGUAAGACUCUUUGUACAACAACCUGUCCCAGUCUUUCACCAUUUAUAUCAUACACUGCCGUUCUCUUUUUCCAAAUGAAGUGGACAUUCAUCCAUGUUAUACUGCAAAUACCAUGUAUUUGUCUGCACAUUCAAUUUGUCUAAGUCACCCUGCAGGCUUCUUACACCUUCCUCACCACUCACAAUCACACCUACUUUUAUGUCAUCAGCAAACUUGAAAAUAUUGUUUUUGUUUCACUUAUCCAAGCUGUCAACAUCACGAACAGAUUGAGCCCAAAUAUUGAUCCCCAUAGUACUCCUUCCAUUCUGAAAAAAGACACAAUUAUUCCCCCUUUCUGUUUUCUGUCUGCUAACUGAUCUUUAAGCCAUGCCAAUAUAUUACCAGAAAUCCCAUGUGCUUUGAUUUUGCAUAACAUUCUGUUAUGUAGGACUUUAUCAAGAGCUUUCUAAAAAUCCAAAUACACCACAUUUUCUGGUUCCCCAUCAUCUAGUCUACAAGUUACAUCCUCAAAAACAACUCUAGCAGGUUUGUCAAACACAUUUUUCAAUUCAUAAAUCUAUCUUGUUUUUGUUUAAUACCAUUGGUUUUUUUCUAAGUGUCUAUUAUCAUGUCCUUUAUAAUAGACUUCAAUUUUUACCGUACUACUGGUGUUAUGCCAAAUAGUCUGUAAUUCCCGGUUUUCUCCCUUCCUUCUUAAAUAAACAUUGGGGUUACAUUUGCCACCUUCCAAACAACUAGGCCAGUUCUAGAAUCUAAAGAGUUUUGGAAGGUAACAAUCGAUGAAUCCAUUAUUUCCCUUGGCAUUCCUUGGGAUGUAGAUUAUCAGGUCCUAGAGAUCUAUCAGCUUUCAGUCCCAUUGAUUUUUCCAAAACUUAUUUUUUGCUAAUAUUAAGUCUCUAUACUUUCUUCUUCCUCAGUGUUUCCCCAGCACUUCUGGGAAGUAUUUUGUUGUAGUCAUAGGGUUUUACAGCACAGAGAAAGAUCCUUUGGCCCAUCAAGAAUAUGCUGGUCAUCAAGCACCCAUUUUCCACUAUUUUAAGUCUUGAAAAAACUCUGCAAAAUUAAAAAAAUGUAAAACUUCAUGACACAUAAAGUGGAAAAGCUAUAGACAUUUGCAGACACAUUUAACAGUUCAUCAGUUACAGAUUUUAAUUGAAUUAAUGAUGCAAAUUAACAUACUAACUCCCUUUCCCAAUGAGUAACUAAAAGUCACAAAUGCUCCUAAACACAGAUACAAAUAAUACUGCAAUUCAAAUUAAAUAUACAACAAUCUUGAGGCAUAAACAUUGUGUCAUUUCUGCUUUUUCCCACCACCUCUCCCUCCAUAGAAUGUUCUGCGUUCUAUGGUGUCCCUUGCUGUAGAACCAUUGAGGCUACAUACCCAACAGGACUGUCAAUGAUGGUCAGCAAAACUGCCUAUCUGUUGAACCACAAAUACUAUUGCAUUCCCACAUGUUACUAUACCCUCCAGAAUAGUGGUAAAGUGGCAAUGUCACUUGGUUAACAAUCUCGAUCCCCAGGCUUAUGUUUUGGGCACAAUGGUUUGCACUGGGUUCAUUUCCAGCCUUGGGUGACUGUGUGUGGUGUUUUUUCUCCCUGUGUCCAUGAGAGUUUCCCUCAGGUGCUCAAGUUUCCUCCCACAGUUCAAAAAUGUGCAAAUUAGGUGGAUUGGCCAAGUUUAAAAAGUUCCCCAUGGUGUACAGGUUUGCAGGUUAGCUGGGUUAGCCAUAGGCAUACAGUUCUGGUGGAAUGCUCUUCAAAGGUUUGGUGCAGACCCUUUGUCAUACAGUGUUAGGUUUAGGACUACACUUUAAGCUUUCAUCAUUUCAACUAACAUUCAGUGCAAUCCAGGAGGAUAUUUCCACCUUGUGCCUCUCCCCACACAUUCAGGUGGCCUCCCUCUGUUGUUCUGAUCUAUCCAAAUGUGGAGUGGUCAUGUCCUGUAAUUUGCAAUCCCCAAGAAACAUUCAGCCCCUCUUUGUGCUCUGAGUGAAUUCAACUGUACCGCAUAAUGAGAAACUUUUUAAAAAUCUCCCAAGGUUCAUCUCAGUAUUGCUGACUAUACUAGCUAUUUUUCUGUACUAAAUUGCAUAGUCUGUUCACUCGACAACGAACCAAAAACAGACUAUUUACUCAAACUUCUUAGGAGGGAGAUGGUGAUGUAGUAAUAGCGUAACUCAACUGGUCAUGCUGACUAUUAGUUUUGGUAACACGGGUUCGUAUCUUUGAAUUCAAUUAAAAUCUGGAAUAAAAAGCUAGUCUAAUGGCAAAGAUGAAACUAUUGUUGAUUGCCAUAAAUACCCAUCAGUUCACCACUUUACUCGGGAAGAAAAUCUGCCAUCCUUAUCUGGUCUGGCCUAUUUGUGAUUCCAAAUUCACAGCAACAUGGAUCUUAAAUGCCCUCUGAAAUGGUCAAUGAGCCAAUCAAUUUGGGGGCAUUUAGCACUGAACAAGUAACUGCCUUUCCCAGUGACAUCCAUAUCCCUUACAAAAAUUUUAAAAAAUCCCAGACAUCACUAAAUACAAGAAGCCUAAGUAGUGUACAUCCACUAACAUGAGAAUAUUCCAGUUUUGUAACAUUAUUGCAUUGUUUGAGUUGUCCUUGAGAACUACCUGUUUCCUCUCCAUCCAGUUGCAAUUACAGGUGAUAACAAAUUUUCAGCUUCAAAUUGUGAUCAGUGCUGAUUACAAAUCACCAACUCUGCCUAUGUCCAUUAUUACAUGAUUUGCUGAAAAUGAGUAUAAGUUCAUACAACUUUUAGAUAAAUACACAGAAUGUUUUUACUGAAUUGCUGAACAAAUCUGAUUUUUGGGACAGUAGUGAGAAUUUUGCAAUGAACCUAAAACAUUUACUAGGUAUUACAUUUGUGAAAAAAAAUCACAUUUCAGUUGUUUUGCUGUGCAAAUCUUGAGAGCUGUUUUAUCACAAACAGUUAUUGUAUACUUUUUGUUCCAGCAUCUGCAGUUCUUUGUUUUAUUUUAGCAAUUGUUGUUCUCCCGCCCCUUCAUCCGUCGCGCUGAUACAAUGCACAGUUUCUGAGCAAGUAUUUGGCAUUACGUGAUUUUUUUAUAUAUAUAGAGUGCUCAUUAGCCAGCAUGAACUGUGGCUGUAAAUACUUCGCUAGAGGAACUGUCGUAUUUCCCACAUUGAUUGAGUUUUGAUCCUUCCUACCCUCCGUUCAAAUACACGAGCAGACUGAAAAGUAGAAUCUACCAAACAGAAAGGGGAAUUAACGAACUGAAAUAAACUUAAUGGCAAUUGCUGACGGUGACUUGAUCGAUCGCUUUCCCCUACACCUAAGUUUGAAAAAAGGAGACUUUAAGAAGUAGUAUGAGCACAGCAUUUUGGAGAAGUUGGGAAAAGAGGAAAUCUUGCAGAAAUGGGAGGUAUCCCCUCUGGUUUGGGAUGGGGUGUUCCCGCAGUGGGAAUGCGGCAGAUUGUGUUGUCAGAACCGAACAGAAACAAUCAGCCUCUCGCUGAUAGCGACUUUGGUUUGGGUUCGGGAAGCAGCGUUUUCCUGCCCUUGUCAAAAUCGCUCGCUGCCUGCGUACGCAAUUUUCCUCUUGCCGAUAUCUCUUGGAGGGGUUACGCGAUCUGAAAUCCAGUUGCACCUUGUGGCCGAACCGCACGCCAGAGACGCUGCCUUCUUUGCGCAGGUCCCUGUCUUAGAGGAUGGUGAAUUGAUUGUUUGAUUCUCUUCAAGUUUGUAGAAUAAAUGAUAGAAGAUACAAUGACUCUGUUGUCUCUUUUAGGCCGCAUCAUGCGCUAUUUUCUUCUGAGGCCGGAAACUUUGUUUCUAUUGUGUAUCAGUUUGGCUCUUUGGAGUUAUUUCUUUCAUACAGACGAAGUGAAGACCAUAGUGAAAUCGAGCCAAAAUGCGGUGAAAAUGAUGAAAGGGAAAGUGGUGGAAAUCAUUCAGAAUGAUCGGUUCGGGGGGCUGGAUGUCCUGGAUGCCGAAUUCUCCAAAACCUGGGAGUACAAGAGCAACAAUGUGGCUGUUUAUUCCAUCCAAGGCAGGCGAGAUCACAUGGAAGACCGAUUCGAAGUCCUCACUGACCUGGUGAACAAAAGUCACCCUUCCAUUUUCGGGAUUUUUGACGGGCACGGGGGAGAGUCUGCUGCAGAGUAUGUGAAGGCACACUUGCCUGAGGCCUUGAAACAACAUCUUCAAGAUUAUGAGAAAGAUAAAGAAAAUAGUGUGUUAUCACAUCAGACAAUCUUGGAACAGCAGAUUCUUGCAAUCGACCGUAAAGUGCUUGAAAAACUCUCAGCUGCCUAUGAUGAGGCAGGCACAACAUGCCUGCUUGCACUGUUGUCAGACAAAGAGCUAACUGUUGCAAAUGUUGGAGAUUCUCGUGGUGUACUGUGUGACAAAGAGGGGAAUGCCGUACCCCUUUCACAUGACCACAAGCCUUACCAGCUGAAGGAAAGAAAACGGAUAAAACGAGCAGGUGGUUUCAUAAGUUUCAAUGGUUCAUGGAGGGUCCAAGGAAUUUUGGCAAUGUCUCGUUCUCUAGGAGAUUACCCUCUUAAAAACCUCAAAGUCGUCAUCUCUGACCCUGAUAUCCUGUCUUUUGACUUGGAUAAACUACAACCACAGUUCAUGAUAUUGGCCUCAGAUGGUCUCUGGGAUGCUUUCAGCAAUGAAGAAGCUGUAAGAUUCAUCAAAGAACGUCUUGACGAGCCACACUUUGGUGCAAAGAGCAUUGUUCUGCAGUCUUUCUACAGAGGAUGUCCUGAUAACAUAACUGUCAUGGUGGUAAAAUUCAGAAACAACAGUAAGACAGAAGACCAGUGAAUGACAUUGAGCUCGAGGGCAAGGUUCUUCAAGUAAUACUGUGCAAAUGUUAGCAAUGUGUGUGAUAACAAUAGUAAAGGUCAUGAUAUUUACAUCCGAAUGGUCAGUGCUAGAUGGCUUGUAGAAUUGGACAAACCAAGUAGCUGCACAUUCAUUUUAAUGGGCUGAGGUCAAAAUAUCAUCCUUUUUAUCUUUAAUCAUUUUCAAAAUCUCUUCUAAUAUUUCUAUUAUAUAUAAUACAAUGCACAGUGCAAAUCUUAUGCUACAAUGCUAAACUAAUUGUGAUCAACAAUUUUAUAAAGAAUAGCCAAUUUAAGCAAUAAAGCAAAAACUAAUUAACAUUCAGGUUCCUUGCUGCUGAUUCAGUGGUUUCCAUAACCAAUAGAACAGCUACUGAGAAGACAUUCAUUGAGUAACUGUGGAUUUAAAAAAAUAGAUUUAACUAACCCUGACAAAAGAAGAAUUAUUUUAAUAUACUGUAUGAAAAGGAAAAUAAAUGUGUCUGCAUAACUUACAACAUAAAUUCUUAGGCACAUUGCAUAUGAACAGUUGAUGUAACAAAAACAUAGUUAUUUGGAAUAUAUCCUCUUUAUAGCUCACUCUUAGCAUAGGCACCAUAAGUUAUUAAUCAUUUCUUCGAAGAGGAUGAUAGGGUGGUGUAACUUAAGAACUUGUCUCUGGGGUCUCCCUCAUUGCUUCUUUGUGAUUAGCUGACAAUGGUCAACAACUUCUGGGUAAAAAAUGUCUGAAUACAUUCUGCCGACCAGAUCUUACCUUCACAGUCACCAAAUUCAAGCUGUGUUCGAGAGUCUACAGUAAUGAUUUUCAAUUAACAGAAGUUAAUAUCAUGGAAGAUGUAAAACUUGCAGCCAAUUUGACAUUUCCCCUUUAGCAUUUUUGCUCAAAGCCAACAUUACCCCGAUGUGAUCUGCCUAUAUUUACUCUAUAAAUAUUUGAAGUGGCUUUCUCAGACAUUAGUGAAUUUAUGCAUGGUCAGUCGUACCACCUGCACAUUUUAAAUGAAAGAUCUCUUUUUCUUAGUAAGACUCACAGAUCAUUGUCAGUCAGUCACAACUCUACUUUUGAUUGGCAUGUUUGCCAAAGUGGCAAGUUUUGGACGAGUCCUUUCAUGAUGGCAAUGCUAACAAUUUGUUCUGAAUAGUAGGACGAAGCAAGUCAUCAAUCAGAUCCUAUCCAAUUUCUCUUACCUAUGUGUAGGACUUAGACUAUGAAGAUCUCCACAUUGUGCUAAUCGGUUCGUGUAUCAUUAUUCUCUGCUGAGAUCCAACUUUGUUGUAUGCAGAUGGUGCAUUCCACUUCACUAGCUAGAUGUAACUGGUUAAAAAGUCAGUGAAAAGUUAGGCUAGCAUUCAAAUUUGCAUCCCUCUUUACUGUUAGGGCAAAGGGGUUCCUUUUAUAUGAUCAAGAAAUUUUGUUUCAUAGUAAUAUCUACACAGUCAGUGGUGUGACAAAGUAUUUACUCAGCAAAUUCAGAGUAAAUUCCCCAUAAAUGAUUUAUAUUUUUUCAUGUAACAAAUACUGUGCUGAAAAAUACCUAACGGACAUUGAACAAAUAUCAAACUCAGCAUGUUGAUUUAAUAACUAAGAAAAAUAUCAGAAUAAACAAUGUAACAUUUAAAUACAACAAGAAUUGCAAAUUUUAAAUGCUUUCAUAUAUCAUCUACUGAUCAUUAUGUCAGAGUCAUACACUUUAAAUAAAGAAACAAACAAAGAUAAAUCUUGACCUGAGGUGUCCCAUCCAGUGGUAAUUAUGAUACAGUACAAAUUUAUAAAACAAGUAUUAAACAUUAGAAGUAGAUUUAUUGUCAUGUGUUCUCAAGUGCUGGAGUGUAGUGAAAAGUGUACAAAGUCUCCAUUCCUGGCACCAUUUUAGGUACAAAGGUAUCUAGGUACAAAAUCUUAGGUGCAACAAAAUUAUACUGAUUAUUAACAAAGAAAUUAUUCAGUUUUCUGCUACCUCAAAAGAAUAUGAACUAUCUUAUUUAAGUUAUAUGGUGUCACAUUAUGAGUAGCUUAAAUAUGUGGGUUGAAACUGCAAAUGUAAGGAAGGGAAUCAUUAAUCAAGCAUCUUCUGAGUGCUCAAGGUCUUGCACCUUACAGUAAAUGCAUGAUACAUGUUCCAUGAAAUUACAAAGUAAAGCCUCUAUCCAGUCAGCUCAGUUUUGCUAUUAAAAGAAUAAUUUAAGAUAAACAGUAGUGAUGUAUUGCUAAAACCAGCUGAAUGAACUUGGAAUCAGAACGCUGUUAACUAUCCAUAGCAACAAUUUCAAGGGUUAUUUAAGAUUUUGUUUAGAAUUCAUCAACGAAAUAGCUUUACUAAGAAACAUAGUAAUAAUAGGGCUAUGUCUUCUUUCACCUCUUAAAUUUUAGGUAAAAAGUAAAUGUGAAUAUGAUCAAUUGCUUAAUGUCUCAAUUACAUUUUCAUUAAAAUUAGUGAAUUGGACAAAAUCUUAAUACUAACUGACCCAUUUCAAAAUGCAAAGUAAAUAUACAUAGUCAUGGUUAAAUUUACAUCAAAACAGACAUAAUAUUUGUAUCAUGUAGCAGCUUCUAGUAUGUAUAAAAUUUGAAAGACCCACCUUAAGUGGAUGUAUGAUGAUUGAACUUGUCCAGCUUUGGCCACAAACUUGUUCAGUAAGCUUAACAAAAACAACUUUAAGAUUGUACAAUGAAGCAAUGGAUUGCUCUUGGUGCACUAUUCCUAAAAAUGUUGGCUGAAUUAGUUCUAAUUGUACAACUGAUUAUUAACAAUUCCCAAAGUAAUCACUUUUACAUCUAUUCAUAGGAGUGUAGGAAAAUGUAGGAGAAUUCUAACGUGCAAUAUUGGAAGUCUUCUAAAAGUAUGAAGUAUUGUUAUUUAAGAAAAUUUCAGGAAUUCCUUUGCUAAUGAACAGGGAUAAAAAAGCAGAUAUGCACAAAAAGUAACAGUUGGUUAAUUAUUCAUGAUCUCAGCAUUCCCACCCAUCUGAAAUGCUUUCAAAUGCAGAGAAAAACUUGAGAUGAACUUGUUAAGGGUUCAUAAAGGUAAUGAGCAAUAUUAUCCAGCUACAAUGUUUAUUUCAAAGAUGAUUAUUUUACAAAUGAUAGGUCUGAUGUGAGUAGGGAUAAUGAAUGAAGAAAUGUCAGGGAAUUUCUGAAGCAUCAUUUCAAAUUGAGAUGAAUCUCUGUUUGUCCUUGCUUAAAGUUUGAGUUGAUUUCUGAAAUUUUGAGCAGGGUAUGAUGUGGUAAAGGCAGUGGAUACUUCAAAGGUUAUGGCGCCUGACAACUUUUCAAUCUAGCACACAAGACUUGCUGCAGACAUAUCUGCACCCCUAAGCAAGCUGCUCCGAAUUAGUUACAACACUGGCAUUUACUUGAAACUAGAAAAUUGCCCAGAUAUAUACCCUCCACAAAAAGCAGGAAAAUAAUCAACCCAGUAAAUUACUGCCCUCUCAGAAUAUGCAUAAGCAUUAGUAAAUUGAUGACAGGUGUUUCACAACAUUCAGUUUGGGUUUUAUCAAGUUACUCACUUUCUGUCCACAAUAUAGCAAUGGUCCAAAAAUGAACAAGAAUUAAGUUCAAGGAGACAGAUGAGAGUGAGCAUCAAGGAGUUCUCAGAAAACUAUGGUCAUUGGAAAUCAGGAGAAAAGCCUUCCACUGGUUGUAAUCAAAUCUAUAACAAGGGAAGAUGGUUGUGGUCAUUUGCAGUCAAUCACUUCAGUCCCAGGACGUUGCUGAAAGAAUUCCGCAGGGUGGUCUCUAGGCCCAACUACCUUCAGCUGUUUUAUCAGUGACCUUGCCUCCAUCAUAAACUCAGAACUGGGGAUGUUCACCGAUGAUUGAACAAUAUUAUGUACUAUUCUCAACUCCUCAGAUACUGCAGCCCUCUGGGUCUAUAUGCAGCAAGACCUGGACUGAUAAGUGAUAAGUAAUGUAGAUGUCACACAACUGUCAGACAAUGACCAUCUCCAACAAAAACAAAUCUAACCAUCUCCCUUUGACAUUUCGAGUUAUUGCCAUUGCUGAAUCCUCCUUUAUCAACAUCUUGUGAAUUACCAUUGACAAGAAACUGAACAGGAUAAGCUAUGUAAAUUCUGUGUCUAUAAGAACUGGUGAGAGGGAAUUUUGCAGGAAGUAACUCACCUGCUAAUUUUUCCCCAAAGCCUGGCCACCACCACAAAGCAUAGAUUAAGGAUGUGAUGACAUUCUCCCCACUUGCCUGGAGAGUGCAACUCCAAUAAUACCUAAGAAGGUAGUUCACAAUUUGUGCUAAUUACCCAAGGCAAUCUUUCACAGCUACAUCUUUUGGUAAAGAAGCAAACACUAAGGAAAGAUAAUAAAAUGUGAGGCUGGAUGAACACAGCAGGCCAAGCAGCAUCUCAGGAGCACAAAAGCUGACGUUUCGGGCCUAGACCCUUCAUCAGAGAAGUCAGGUUCAAUUAGGAGAUUAUGGCUGAUAUCUGAUCAGGGUGGUUAUGAAACAGUGGAAACCUCUCCCACUGCCAGUCACUAAUCUCCAAGUAAUUUGAAGCCAAAAUAACUGCAAGUUACACCUUGAAGCUCAAAGGCUCUAUAGCAAUAGUACAGCUUUUGACAAUUAUCCUUCUGUGUGAAAAAAUUGUAGACAUCUGAUAUUGCCAUCUGGGUAUUGGAUAUUCUGCUUCCACUAUCAAACACCAUCCUAGUGUUGCUCAGAAGGAAAUCAAUGGCAAUUCAAUGGGCCCAAUUUUAACUCAGUGAACGGAUCGGAUUUGACAGUUACAUUUUUGCCCAUUUGCUUUUACUGUUAUUGCCACCACUUGAAAACAAACCUCCUUCAAUUCAGCAGGAACAUGCAAUAUGCUACAUCUGAAUCAGUUGGCCUGUCAGUAUCAUUGUCACCACUUCUUUACUGGAUGUUGGCUUCGCACAUCCUCAUUAGACUCACAUUAUCUGAAUUGUAUCUAUUUGCACAACUCCCUACUUUAAGUAUCAUUUGUGUCUGUUGAUACACAUGCAUGUGAUGGUUCUUUGGUGUGAUUACUGGCUGAGUAAAUUCUCCUCUCUCUGUGAAAAUAGCAGAUGGUAAAUAAUUGGUAUGUAACCGAUUUCACCAUUUGCACAGUGCAUUGUAUUUAAAUUAUUACAUACUAAAACACAGUGUUUGUACUAUGUUUAAAAAAGUAUCACAUGGCACAUACAGUAUUUCAUUAGUUAGUUUUACAUUUCAACCUUCACAGACUCAAACCUUACCACAAUUUCGAAGUGCGUACUCCAUCAGAUAUAUUCUCGAGUUUCUUUCUGAAUACUAUGUGCUGAGCACCUUAUUCUUUAGAACUAGAUUCAUUCAGAGCUUGUCACAGAAGCAUAGAGAUUUGUCUUCGCCUAUGCAUCAUAAGCAUUACAGGACAGAGUGCAGGAAGAAAAUCAGGCAAGGAGGAUUGCACACACAUAACCAGAGACUGCCUAAUUCUUUGUAAAACUGGUGUCUGCUUUCAUGGACAUGUAUUCUACUCCACCCACAUUAUCUUUUUAAGCACCAUCCAGAUAAUGCAUAGGCAGUAAAAAUCCAAGAUUUCCCCUAUACUUUUACAAACUGCUUCCCAGUCAACAGAUGAUAAAUAAGUGUCAAUUCAUAUUGUAUACCACAUAUCUCUAUGAUAGGAUGGCUUUGCAUAUACUUAUCCUAUAUUAUGUCUUUUAACAUAAAGAACAUGUGAAUAGGACAGAUUCAAAACAGUAAAAAUAGGUUAUUUUCUUUGUUUAUUGCCACUGUGAGAUGGGAUGCCAGCAUGCCAAUUUUAAAAACCUCUGUCUUAACUCAAAGCACUCUGAUUUGUAACGUCAUAUGUUCAUUGGAUUUGGGGAAGGAAAUACUGCAUGAUGAAGAGAGUACAUUUAAUGUCAAGGGUGCAUUGGUCAGUGCGUUAUCAUGGCUGAAAAUAUAAUAUCCAAAGCCCAGAAGCUUCUGAACAGAAGGACAGUUGGGUCUUCCUAUAUUUUUAUCAACUUGUUUUAAUUUUGUUUAUAUUGUUGCCUUAUUUUAAAUCCUAUUUUAUUUAUUGUUUAAAAAGUACUUUUGUUUAAUGAAUCUGAACAUGGAGUCUAGGAUAAAUAUGGUUAAAAUAUACAAUAAUUUCUUGUUUUAGGUUCUGAAGACCUGCAUGGCUCUAUAUUUGUCUCUAGGAGACAGUACAGACUGCAAGUAAUGAAUCUAACACGGUGUUUUGGAUGUAAAUAAACCAUAUUGUCUUAGUUUCGUACUGGGCAAUGAAGUGUCAUCUUUUGUAUGCUUAAAUUGUACAGUACAUGAUUCCAGGACAUGAAUUACAUUACAAAAGUUAGUGGCUAGAUAGAACUGGUGAAAUGAUUAUGUAUAAUACUAACUAUAUGUAAAACACUGUGAUGAUGAACAUCAGAAAGUGUCAAACUACUGAAAAUAUGGGCAAGCAGUUGUGUUGUGCAAACAAUAAAAUAAAAAUAUGGAUUUCUAA